CAACAGGUGUGACAUCUACUGGAGUCUUGUGUGAAACACCAGAAAACUGGAUCUAGCCUCCACAGCAGAUGGAGGACUCCCCUCACUCGUACUGUUUUGAUCUGGAGACAAUGAGGACAUAGGGGAGGAGGAUAUUACCAAGUUAAAACUAACAUGGAACCAGAUGUGAGCAAGUCUCUACACCCAGAUCUUCACAAACAUCCCCAUCAGGAUACUGAGACAGUUUGGCAUUCUUUUCCCUGUCAGCACUGUGAGAGACAUUUUACCAGCAAACAAGGCUUGGAACGACACAUGCACGUCCAUGCUUUGGCUGUCAGCGAGGCACAUGUACAUGUAAGCAAUAACAGCAACAUGUCUGUAAGUACAAAUCAAGGAGAGUUGCAGCCUGAGAAUAUGGAGCCUUUGGAUUCUGUAAUGCAACAUUAUACAUCCUCCCCCGCUAGCUCUUAUAAUUCCUUGUUGACAGCUGGAGACCACAUUGCUCAGCCAGACGAGCAGGGGGUACACCUGCAACUUGCUGGUGUAGACACAAAAAAAACCCAGCUGCCUGUGGAGGAAAAUCUUGAGAGGAUUUUCAGUGAAACAGCUGAACAGAAAACACAGCUUGGUGAAAAUAUAACAUCUGCAACUGUUCUACAGAAUGACGGGCAACAUGCACAGUACAUGCUAGAUGUCUCUAGCAAUAUUUCAGAGAAUCUCAGCUUCUACAUUGAUGGAAAGAUCGUGUCAACAAGUACAGUAAGUAGCUGUGAAGCAGCUGAGGUUCAUUCAGGUUCCUCAGCUUUAGUUGGACUGGAUGCUCUGAUUCUGGACCCCACCCAAAUCAGCCAGGUUUUGAAUACAGAUUCAGUCACAGGCACAGAGAUACCUGGUCAACCACCGGCUAAGAGAAGAACUGCAACACCACCUCUUUUACCACAAAUUAAAACUGAACUGGAGUCUGAGGUGGUGGUGUCCUCUUCCUCAUCAUCACUUGUGUCAUCUUUGAUUGAGAAUCUGCUUCCAAUGAAUACAGAGUCCACAGUUGUGCAGAAAGAAAGAACAGUGUUUCUGUCCCCGAAGCUGAAGCAGAUUCUGGAGAAGCAGGAUGGCCUUAAUCCGACACUUGCCCUGAUCACAGAUGGUCAGAAGCCUUGUUCGCCUGUCUCUCUCUCUGUCCUUCCCAUUGGAACAGGAAGGUUUAAAAGACGGACCGGAUCUCCAACAAGCUCUCAACAGCAAAACUCAACGUCCAACGAGGAAACGCCAGUGUCAGACACAGUAAAUACUGUUGCUGAAAGAACAGGACAGAUGGACACCCAGCAGAUCUCCCCUGUGCAUCUUACAGCUAGUGAGAAAGAUGAUGCUACGUCACCUGCAGAGGAGCCAGCAGUGAAACCCGUCUCAACGGAGAACUGGCCCCCCAUGACUGGUGGCAAUUCCUGUAACCAGCAACCACUGGAUCUCUCCAAUACAGUCAAAAGAAAUGAAGAUUUAGCGUUAGCUGAUGCUGUGCUGGAUUUAAGUUUACAGAAAAGGCUCUGCGAAUCUGGACUGACAAUAAAUUUAGUUUCACAGGCAGUUUUGACAGAAGAAGCAUUAAAUUCAUGCAUGAUGGUGAAACCCUUGAUGAAUAUCGGAGAGCAAAAUCUAAGCCUCGGGAAUCUAGAAAAUUCUUUAGUCACAGACUUUGCCAUAGUCACGGGGUCAGAUAUAAUGACCCCGGUUGAACCUAUUGCAGAAGGUCUUGUUUAUGGACUCGCCCUACCCCCCAGUUCUCUAACUCCAUCAACCGCCUCCCUUACCCCUGAUGGCUUGCAACCAGCCACACCGUGCACUAUUGCAUUUGCCUCCCCAGCCUCACACACCAUGCUCCCUUCUACUUCUUCAUUAAUCACAGUUUUGGCCCCAACACCACAUAUUACAAACCCUUCGAAUCAACCAAUCCAGAUGUUAGCUCCAAACAUAUCUCCUGACCCUUUGGUAAUCUGCACAGAAAAUGCAUUCAAUCCUUCAGAGUGUGAUUUAACUGCUGCAUUUGCUUCAACAAAUCCUGCAAACCUUGUCACUCUCUCCCAAUCCCUGGACCCGACUUUAAAUCUACAGGGCCACGUGUUUCUCACUGAUCAGAUUGCUCUUAAUCCACCUCUGGUUGAAUCCACUCCUGUGUCGGAGGUACCAUUCACAUCUACUGUUACUUUAAAUGACUCCCUCAUCAACUCUUACAACAUAACCAGUAACACCGUGUUGAUAGAGUGCACAAUAGCUCUGGAAACCCCAGGGAGUGUAGUCCCUGCCGCAAUUACCUUACAGGAAACCCCUUCUGAGGCUCCAGUACCUACACAGAUGGUUGUUAAUCACAUCGAACAGCAACAGAUUGUAUCAGUGCCCAAUGCUCCAACUGUGGACCCCACUACUCUUGUGUCCUCCAUCGCAGAAUCAGUAGCUGUGGCCACCACCACCUCAGUGGUAUCUGAUUGCCCUCCUGUGGCUGAAUCGAGUCCCAACCCAGAAUCUGAUGUUAAUGCAGAGCCGGCCACCACAAAAGAAGAGGAAGCUGCUGACGAUACUCUUUCCGCAUCUGAAACACCAUCGAAAACGUCACCCCUAACUGAGAAAGUGGAAGAGGACAAAUCCUCAUAUGACGCACCGGAUGAUGCACAACAGCAGACUUUCACCAAGAAUUUCAUCUGUAAUGUGUGUGAUAAGCUUUUCCAUUCAAUGAAAGAACUAGGCCAACAUGUGGGUGACCAUGCUGAUGAAUGGCCCUACAAAUGUGAAUUCUGCGUGCUGCUCUUUGGAAAGCCCUCCGCUUUGCUCGACCAUCGAUCAAGCCUCCACGGUGUUGGAAAGACAUACGUUUGCAGUGCGUGUACAAAAGAAUUUGUCUACCUCUGCAAUCUGAAACAGCAUCAGGAGGAAUUGCAUCCUGGCCAGCAGUGCACGUACGCAGAAGAGGAAAAGGGAAAACUAAGACCUCAGAACUACAACAACUCGACGAAGGUCAGCGUGGAGCUUUCAGUGCCCCGCAUUUCAGAGGAACCCAAGACACUGGUGAAAAAGGAGGAAAGUGAAGUAGAUGUGGCUGCUGAAGAGUUGUUUACAAGCAUAAAAAUAAUGGCCUCAGAUGGAGGGAAAAUCAAAGGGCCUGAUGUUCGUUUGGGCAUUAACCAACACUAUCCCAGCUUUAAGCCUCCUCCAUUUCCUUACCACAAUAGGUCGCCUGCCGGCUCAGUCGCUUCAGCAACAAACUUCACCACCCACAACAUCCCACAGACCUUUACUACAGCUAUUCGAUGUACCAAGUGUGGAAAAAGCUUCGAUAACAUGCCAGAGCUACACAAGCAUAUUCUCGCUUGUGCAAAUGCCAGUGAUAAAAGGCGAUACACACCCAAAAAGAAUCCCAUCCCUCUAAGACACUUUGCAAAAGCUCAAAAUGGAGUUCUGUCGACUACUAAUUCUACCAACGGACUUAAUGCUUCUAACAGGGCCAGCCAGUCAAACAGGUCCAAACCUAACCAAGAAUCAGCAAUAAAGAUGAAAUUCAAAUUACUGAACAAAAGGAAGAAAAAGUUGGUCCAAAGGGUGAUGCCACAGAGGAACAAGUCGGUUUCUACUUCAAAUAAAGCAACGUCUGCACAGGUGGAAGUGCAGCACGAGAUAUUUGUCUGCCCACACUGCAACAGGGAGUUCUCGAUGCGUCGCAGCAGAACCAAACACAUGGCUGUGUGCCCCAAGAAACCCAAAGAGGUGAAGAAAAGAAAAGAAGGUGGAAUCUCUGUGACAAAGGAAAACAACGAACGCCUGCACCGAGGGAUUUCUCGCGUCGAAGAGAAACGACAACAAGCCUCGCCUCAGCAUAAAACUAGAUUCCAGACUUCUGGUCUCGCCAAGAGGCCCGCCAUCCUACCAGUGCAGACUGUCUUUUCAAACAAAAGAAGUAAAAUAAUCAUAAAGGAGAGCAUGCAGCCAAAACAAGAGACCCCCACUCUGAAUGAACUUCCUAUUGUUCGCACUUUCAAUCCCUCGAUGCGCCAGUACAGCAGAGUGCAGCAUGGUGUCAAAGGGAUCCCUAUUAAAAUCACCAUAGUGAAACCGCAACAGACUGCACCACAGAAAGAUGAGCUACUUCCCGCCCAGAGCCGAGAGGAAGCAACUGGAGACGUUACCAGCAGCUCUGAGCAGAGUGUUAAGACCUGAAGACUACCCCAUGCUCACCAGAGGAUCCGAAGGACCCUGCUGUCUGGAACUCCUCACACAUCUUCAGUCACAUGAAAGGGAGGCAACUGCUAACCACAGUGUAAACCUAGUAGAUGUCAUUAUAAUGUACAAUAACAAGGACUGGAUUCAGAAUGGAUGAAACUAUGACUGAGGACACUGCAGUGAGUGGAUGUGUUUAAUUUGAGUAUUUAAAUGAGUUUGUAGUAGCUUGAAGCUUUGUAGGUUUAUCCUUCGUUCUGUGAACUUAAUGUCAACAGCUUGGAUUUGCACUUUGAAGUUAAUCUGCCUGCGACAUGUCACAAAUGGGAGUUAUUUAGAGAGGGUGGUAAGUGGCAAUCAUUUUCAGCAUGCAUUUGCACUUUUCCUUGUCUGUUGUCUGUGGCCUUUUGGUUGAAACUCCUACUGCAUGCUCCGAGCUUGUACUUCACCUUUAUUCAUUUAAUUUAAGAUGAUUAUGUUGAUUAUGUUGCCUUAAACAAUGAAUCUAGUGUUGCUCUGUUGGUCUCAUUGACAAUAUCCAGUGUAAUUACAUGACUGACACAUUUAAGACGACAGAAUCAUGGAAUCUAGUAAUAUGGUCUGUAGUACAUUGGCCACAAACUACCUAGAUAUCAUGUAGGGUAUCAGCACUGUUGCUUAUUAUGGCGAAGUCAGUGUUUUCAUAAUUGGUGUGAAUGCAACAUUUAGUAGAUUGACUCCAGCAGCCUUUUCCCAAUUAUGUGUUAUUCAGUCAGCACAGUUGCCAUGUGUUUCUAUGAAGGAUUUGACAAUAUUGCUGUUUCUGUGCCAUCAAAUAUAAAUGGUAUGACUUUAAUGUGGCAUAAAAGUGAUGAAGAGUAAACAGUUCGGUAAAGUUAAGUGUUUCCCACAUGCAGGAAGUUAUUUUGGUGGUCUAACCAAAAGAGUCACCCCCACUUUAAGAGAUUUAUUUGUGUAUUUUUCCCUUCGAUUCUGUGUGGGAGCUGCUGAAAAUACAGAUCACGUAUGAAGAA